UCGCGGGGCCGGGAGCGGGCAGGCCCUGCCCUGAAGGGGCGAAGCGGCGGGGAGCGCGGGAGGUGGAGCCGGCCCCGGCGGCCGCCCCGCGUCUCUCCCCAGCGCCCCCUUCCCGGACCCGGCCCGAGGAGGACGCAGGCCCCUGCCCAUGUGGGGCGCCCCCGGCUCGGAAGAGUCCCUAGGGCGGGGAGCAGCUCCAGGCAGCGGCGCCGGAGGGAGAGGAAGAAGGGACAGUGCUCAGCCUGGGCGGCCCGGGCCCUCCCCGCAGCGUUUGGAGGCGGGGGUCGCCCCGAAGUCUGCGCUUGGCACCGUCGCUUGAACUAGGGCAGCGCCUGCUGGGACCCCGACCCGGACCCCUCUGCGCCUCGUAGGCGGAGGCGGCGGCGGCGGCGCCGCCGCGCCACCCAGCUCUUCCACGGUCCCCCUGUUUGGAGGCAGUCACGGCCAAGUUGGAAAAGACCUAAGACCACAGAGCCAAACCACCCCAGCUCCCAGCCUACUUCUGCCCCUGGCCAGCCACGUGAUGUGGGACUUGUUAUAUAAUCUCUGUACGCCUUUAUGUUUCCUCAUGUGGAAAAUUGAGAUAACAGCUGUACCUACACCAGAGGGAUGCGAUAGAAACGGAAAGAAUUAAUAUAUCUGAAAUUCUUGGUACAUGAAAGUAUUAUGAGGGAGGCUGAGGACCCCGUGCUCCGGGCAGAGAAGCGGCGCUGGGAUUAGGGGUUGUCACUUCUGAGAGGAUGCUGGGAAUCUGCAGAGGGAGACGGAAAUUCCUGGCCGCCUCGCUGACUGUUCUCUGCAUCCCAGCCAUCACCUGGCUUUACCUGUUUGCCGGGAGCUUUGAAGAUGGGAAGCCGGGGUCCCUGUCUCCGCUGGAGUCGCAGCCACACAGCCCCCGUUACGCGGCCGCCGGCCAGCGCGAGAGCCUGGAGGUGCGCGUGCGCGAGGUGGAGGAGGAGAACCGCGCGCUGCGCCGGCAGCUCAGCCUGGCGCAGGGCCGCGCCCCUGCCCACCGCCGCGGCAACCACUCCAAGACCUACUCCAUGGAGGAGGGGACCGGGGACAGCGAGAACCUCCGCGCGGGCAUCGUGGCGGGCAACAGCUCCGAGUGCGGGCAGCAGCCGGUCGUGGAGAAGUGCGAGACAAUCCACGUUGCUAUCGUCUGUGCUGGAUAUAAUGCCAGCCGCGAUGUUGUCACCUUGGUCAAGUCCGUCCUGUUUCACAGACGGAACCCUCUGCACUUCCACCUCAUCGCUGACUCCAUUGCAGAGCAGAUCCUAGCGACGCUCUUCCAGACAUGGAUGGUGCCGGCUGUACGUGUAGACUUCUACAAUGCCGAUGAGCUCAAGUCUGAAGUUUCCUGGAUCCCCAACAAACACUACUCUGGCAUUUAUGGUCUGAUGAAGCUUGUCCUGACCAAGACUCUUCCUGCCAACCUGGAGAGAGUCAUUGUGCUUGACACGGAUAUCACCUUUGCCACCGACAUUGCAGAGCUGUGGGCUGUGUUCCAUAAGUUCAAAGGUCAGCAGGUCCUGGGCUUGGUAGAGAACCAGAGUGACUGGUACCUUGGAAACCUGUGGAAAAAUCACCGUCCGUGGCCUGCCCUUGGAAGGGGCUACAACACAGGGGUGAUCCUGCUGCUUCUGGACAAACUACGGAAGAUGAAAUGGGAGCAGAUGUGGCGGCUGACCGCAGAGAGGGAGCUGAUGGGCAUGCUGUCCACGUCCUUAGCGGACCAGGAUAUUUUCAACGCUGUCAUCAAACAGAACCCCUUCCUCGUGUAUCAGCUCCCCUGCUUCUGGAACGUGCAGCUUUCGGACCAUACCCGCUCCGAGCAGUGCUACAGGGACGUGUCUGAUCUAAAGGUCAUUCACUGGAACUCCCCCAAGAAGCUGCGGGUGAAGAACAAGCACGUGGAGUUUUUCCGGAACCUGUACCUGACCUUCCUGGAGUACGACGGGAACCUCCUGAGGCGAGAGCUGUUCGGCUGCCCCAGCGAAGCCGAUGUCAACAGCGAAAACCUCCAGAAGCAGCUCUCUGAGCUGGAUGAAGAUGACCUGUGUUAUGAGUUCCGGCGAGAGCGGUUCACUGUCCACCGAACCCAUCUGUACUUCUUACACUAUGAGUAUGAGCCCACUUCAGACAACACGGACGUCACCCUGGUUGCUCAGCUCUCCAUGGACAGGCUCCAGAUGCUCGAGGCCAUCUGCAAGCACUGGGAGGGACCCAUCAGCCUGGCCCUCUACCUGUCAGACGCCGAGGCCCAGCAGUUCCUGCGCUACGCCCAGGGCUCCGAGGUGCUCAUGAGCCGCCACAACGUGGCCUACCACAUCGUGUACAAGGAGGGCCAGUUCUACCCCGUGAACCUGCUGCGCAACGUGGCCAUGAAGCACGUCGGCACACCCUACAUGUUCCUGUCGGACAUCGACUUCCUGCCCAUGUACGGGCUGUAUGAGUACCUCAGGAAGUCCGUCAUCCAGCUUGACCUUGCCAGCACCAAGAAAGCGAUGAUCGUCCCUGCGUUCGAGACACUGCGCUACCGGCUCUCUUUCCCCAAGUCCAAGGCAGAGCUGCUAUCAAUGCUGGACAUGGGGACCCUCUUCACAUUCAGGUACCACGUCUGGACAAAAGGCCAUGCGCCCACAAACUUCGCCAAGUGGCGGACUGCCACCACGCCUUACCGUGUUGAGUGGGAAGCCGAUUUCGAGCCAUACGUUGUCGUGAGAAGGGACUGCCCUGAGUACGACCGGAGGUUUGUGGGCUUUGGCUGGAACAAGGUGGCUCAUAUCAUGGAACUGGAUGCACAGGAAUAUGAAUUCAUCGUGCUGCCCAAUGCCUACAUGAUCCACAUGCCUCAUGCCCCCAGCUUUGACAUCACCAAGUUCCGGUCCAAUAAGCAAUACCGCAUCUGUCUCAAAACCCUAAAGGAAGAAUUUCAGCAGGACAUGUCCCGCCGCUAUGGCUUUGCUGCCCUCAAAUAUCUCACGGCCGAGAACAACAGCUAGCAUCAGGAAGCCCACGACUAUGGAGAGACCUAUUCUGCAGGGGGAACGCCACUUGCUGUUUGGGGCCCAGCCUUCAAACUCAAAAUCUGAGCAAUGCUUUUUUUGGUUUGUUUUUAUUUGUCUCUUUGGCCCAACAAAGCCACCCACACCACAGAGAUCUGGGACAAGGAUCCAGCCAGCUCCUCUCUGCUCUGCAAUCUGGCAUCCCCAGAAGGUGGAAGAGUAGCUCAUCGACACAGUCUCUGCAAGAACGGGAUGCAGGGGAGUUAGAGGGAGCAAAGGGGUUAUCCUCCUAAAAAAAAAAAAACAAAAACAAAAACCACAAAACCGACCCGGUCUUUGGGGUGUUCUCGUUGCUUUUUAAGAAAGGGAAGUCAGGGUGCUGGGGGUUAGCCAUCCCAGAAUAUAAAAGCAAAACUGUCUCUUUGUCCAGAAGAAACUUUCUUUUGUGUCCUACAGUCUAGCCACGUAUCCAAGGUGGGAGCCAUCCAGUGAUCUGAACCAAUUAUGUGGAAAGACCCAAUGGGGACAUUAUACCUGGUGGGACCUGGAGGUGGGGGUGGGUUGGUUCUUAACCUCAAGGUCGCUCUUGUUUUGCUUUGAUUUGUUUCCCUUUGGGGGGAUUUUGUUUGUUUGUUUGUUUGUUUUUGGUCUGGGAAUCCAAAAUCAAAAACUUGAUCUUUUAAGUCUCUGAGGAGAAAUCAGCUACGUCAGCCAACAUCUCCUUAUGAGCAGUGGCCCAGCAAGAAGGACGAGAGUCUUCAGCCAAUAUUUAAACAUGGGCAGCCCUCUUCAGGAUUCUCAUUGAGGCCCCCAUGACCUUGAAUUCCCUACUCUCCAGAAUCCCAGGGCUAGGAUGGGGACUGUGGAAAUAGGAAGACCAUCCGUUCUACAACCGGUCACAUUUUUUAUUGGCAGUGACCGCUUCAUGAGGAAAGGGCUCUGAAGGGGCUGUUCCGGUGCACACGAAAGGUACGAACCUCUCAGGCCUUUAGAAGAACUUUAAUAAUUCACACAAGCCCAAUUCCGAAGAUUCACGUGUCCCUUUGGAAACCUCGAGGAAGAACAUGUUGGGUUCCUCCAAGUCCAUGCUGCUUCGCUGUGGCUGGGAGGAGGUCACGGCCUUGGGCUCCCUCUGGGACCUGUCCAGAGGCCAGGCAAGCACCUUUACCAUUACAAGGAUUGAGGAGACACUGGACUUUUUACCCAUUUUCUUGAAUCUUCAAUAUUAAUGUUGUGUUUACAUUGAUGAGAACGAAAGUCCACGCCCCCCUCUAGGCUGGGCUGUUUGUAUUGAGUUGCAAUGUGACCAGCGAACGCUGCAUUCAAUAAACGAAAGUAUGGACUGUG